AUGACAUUUCACUUGUAUUCAGGAGCCUUUGAAUCUUUUACUCCCUCGAUUGUUUUUACAGAAUAUGGCCGCGUUCUAAAAAUCUUUGGUAAUCGUUACGUGUUGGUCUCCUGUUCUGAUAAUAAACAACGAGUGUGUCGUAUUCGUGGAAGGCUAAGGAAGAAGGUGCAGGUCAGAGGUGGUAGUAUUGUUCUUGUCGAACUGAGGGACUACCAGGAUUACAAGGGUGAUAUUAUUUACAAGUAUACAUAUACUGAGGCCCAGCUUUUGAAAAAGAGGAAAAAGGUGCCCGAACAGCCGACAACCGAUGAGUGCCCUUUGCUCGUAUACGGUCAGAUCGCUAGGGUCCUCUCAAAGGGCCGCGUGUUAGCCUUCUGUGUCGACGGUAAACAAAGGGUGUGUCGUGAUCGGAGAGAGCCGAGAAAAAACAUACGUAUGGAAAGAGGCGAUAUUAUUGUUAUCGAAUGCAGGGACUACCAAAAAUUUGAGAGCGAUAUUAUUCACAAAUGCGCACCCGAUGAGGCCCAGCGUCUAAAAGAUGCAGAAUUACUGCCUGAUUCCAUAAAGGUCAAUAAUGGGGCUUUGUUAGAAUAUGGACGAGUUACUCAAGUUCUUCAUAAACGUCAUGUGCUGGUCCAAUGUUUUGAUGGUGAACAGAGAAUAUGUCGCAUUCAAGGGAAGCGGGGAAUGAGGACGACAGCUGGGUAUGGUCAGACUGUUCUCGUUGGACUCAGAGACCGCGAAGAUUGCAAGGGGAUUGUACUUCACAAGAGCAAUCGUGAUGAGGCUCAGCGAUUGAUGAAAAAUAAUAAGCUCUCUGGAACAGGGUCGACUGGUGUGCAAAAGGAGAAGGAAGUGGAAAACAAGGAGGUUAUGAUGCACACUGAAAACAAUGAAGGGGAGCAAGUAUGCAACAAUAUGCAUUUUGGUGGCAACGGAGAAGGUGAAUAA